UUAAGCCAAGAUUAAGUAUGGACAAGAUUUGGUCCCUUGGAUUAAUACUUUUUGUGGCUUGCACUGUGUACGCAUCUCAUCCAUAUCCUCCAAGACGAGGCAGACCUCCCCCGCCUCCAUCACGUCCACAACAACGACUCCCACCACCUAUACGAAGAGGACAACCACCACCACCACCUCCACGUCGUCCACCUCCUGCAUAUGGACCACCUCCUCCUAGAAGACGAGUACCAGCACCACCUCCACCAAGGAGAGCACCAUCACCGCUUCAGCAACAACAAGUAAUUCAUAGGCCACCACCACAACAACCUAGAUAUAUUCCUCCACCACAACAACCAAGAUAUGUACAACAACCACCACCACCACAACCAAGACAUCAACAGCCCAUAUAUAUACCACAACCACCACCACCAAGACCUCAACAGCCCAUUUAUGCACCCCAACCACCACCACCGAGACCUCAACAGCCUAUAUAUAUACCUCCACCACCACCAACACAACCACCAAUAAUUCAACAGCCUAUAGAUGUACAACCACCACCAACACAACCACCAAUAAUUCACCAGCCUAUAUAUGUGCAACCACCACCAACACAACCACCAAUAAUUCACCAGCCUAUAUAUGUGCAACCACCUGUACAACAAUACAUUCCCCCACAGCCAACACAGCCGCCUGUACAAAGUUUCUUCCCUUUUGCUCUGUUGGCUUCACUGUUUCAACAACAACCAACACUAGCAGUAACACCUAUAACACCUAAAACUACAACAAGACCACCACCACCUCCAAAAACUACAACUACUACAACAGUUAAGCCUCCGGAAGAAGAAUUUGAGUAUGAAGGUUAUAAAACAACAAGACCUCCUCAACCACUUCCGGUUCGAACAACGCCAAUCCCUAUUCAUAAAACAACAGGAAUGUGGUGGUUUUUUGAUGUUCCAACUACACAGGCGCCAGUCUAUGUUCCCGUUGCGUUUAAAGAGACAUCAUGUAGCUGUUAUAAAGGAUAUGACUUUUGUCCUCUAAACAAAAUAAGAAAUGGAGAUUGUGUAGAAAACGACGCCAUACGAUGUUGUGGAUACGACAAAUAAUAAUAUAAUAGAUUAUAUUCAAAAUGAAAUUUUAAGUACUCAUUACUCAUUA